AUGGGAGUGUGUCUCCUUAAUCUUGCGAGGAGGGGCCCGCAGAUGUAGCUGCGAGAGAUUCAGGCGGCAGAGCAGGGGCGAGACGGGGGAGUAGGAACCGCGGGGAGCUGGUUUUUGCCUAGAGCCUCCUCCCAGGCCAGGAAGAUGCUACCAGACGUGACUUUGGAAAGCAAAGAAGGGGCAGGCUCUGAAGAGAGAGAGGACAGUUUGACAGAAGAUCCAGAAGAAAUCAUCACACUGGAUUUUGGGAGAGAGAACGCUGGGACGCAAAAGGGGCUUCAGAAUUUUGCCCAGAAGCAAGAGAAGAAGAAGAAGAGGAAGAAAAACAGAUGAUUGGUGAUCAAUUUAUCUACCUGCCGGUAUGAGAGCGUGCGGAGGGCAGCUCAACAGUAUGGCCUUAGAGAGGGAGGGGAAAGUGAUGAUUGGACUCUCUACUGGACGGACUACCUGGUGUCGCUGGAGCGGGUGAUGGAAAUGAAAAGUUACCAGAAAAUCAAUCACUUCCCUGGGAUGAGUGAAAUCUGCCGUAAGGACUUGCUGGCCAGGAAUAUGAGCCGCAUGUUAAAGAUGUUCCCUAAAGAUUUCCACUUUUUCCCUAGGACUUGGUGUCUCCCUGCUGACUGGGGAGAUUUGCAGACCUACAGCAGGUUGAAAAAAAACAAGACGUAUAUUUGUAAGCCAGAUUCAGGCUGCCAAGGGAGAGGCAUAUUCAUUACCCGGACGGUGAAAGAAAUCAAACCAGGGGAGGAUAUGAUCUGUCAGCUGUAUAUUUCAAAGCCGUUUAUCAUCGAUGGGUUCAAGUUUGACCUACGGAUUUAUGUGCUGGUGACAUCCUGUGACCCUCUCAGGAUUUUUGUGUACAAAGAAGGACUGGCCCGCUUUGCUACAACCUCUUACUCAUGCCCUUGCUCAGACAACCUGGAUGAUAUCUGCAUGCACCUGACUAAUUAUUCCAUUAACAAGCACAGUUCCAAUUUCAGUCGAGACACUCACUCUGGCAGCAAGAGAAAGCUCUCUACCUUCAACGUAUACAUGGAGAAGCACAGCUACGACGUGAAGCAGAUAUGGAGGGACAUCGAGGAUGUCAUUGUCAAGACGAUCAUCUCGGCCCAGCCUACCAUCAAGCACAACUACCACACCUGCUUCCCCAAUCACACUGUCAACAGCGCCUGCUUUGAAAUCCUGGGCUUUGACAUUCUGCUGGACCGAAAACUCAAACCUUGGCUGCUAGAGGUCAACCACUCUCCAAGCUUCUCCACUGACUCCCGGUUGGAUAAAGAGGUGAAGGACAACCUGCUAUAUGACACCUUGGUUCUGAUCAACCUAAGAAACUGUGACAAAAAGAAAGUCUUGGAGAAAGAGAAACAACGAGGGCGGUUUCUGCAGCAGUGUCGUUCUCGGGAGAUCAGGAUUGAGGAAACCAAGGGUUACCAGGCCACAUGGUUACAAAAAACUGAGAAGUAUGAGAAGGAACACUGUGGAGGGUUUCGACUGAUCUAUCCCAGUCCAAACUCAGAGAAGUAUGAGAAAUUUUUCCAGGACAACAGCUCUGUCUUCCAGAAUACCGCUGCGUCUAGGGCCCGGGAGGUGUAUGCCCGGAAACUGAUCCAGGAGCUGAAACUAAAACAGGAGAAAAAAUCUUUGCCAACCAAGGAGAAGAAGGUAGAGAUGCAGGGCGAAUCAGUAGGCGAGCAGGCCAAACGCAAGAAUGCGAGGAGCUGGCAACAGAAACACAAGGCUGCUGCCCGUGUCACCUUCAAACAAUACUUCCGGCCACUGACACUGGUGUCCUGCACACCUGACUUGCCCUUGAGUGUCCAAGACAAAACGCAAAAUGAAACAGACCGCAGCUGCCACCAGGAGGCCCCCAAGAUGGAGGCUGGUCCUCUUUCCCCCAAGCCUACAUCUGUGAGGCACUCCAGUUCUGUCCCUGACCUGAGGAAUUCAGUUAAACCCACCACCAGAAUCAAGGAGGUCAAGUCUGCCUCUGCAGUGAACAUAUUCACUAACAGCAUGCUCCGGUUCGGAUGCCCCAAGCUGUAG